UAAAGCACCGGCUGACGCGACACCUUUUCAGCACCACGGACAGCUUCGUUCUGCAAACUGGGCAGCUGGUGCGCGACUAUAAAAGCCCGCACCGACGCCUCGCUCUCUGCGCACUGAUCCGCACUGACGACAUGAGCCACAGGAUGGACGACAGGUUCGGCUUCCCUCGUGGAGCCCUUCACGACACGUAUUCACAACACAAGCCGAGACGAUCGGAACUAGAAUCCAGGAGCGUUUCCGCGGACGUGAGCUCCCCGCACGCCGGGUCUGGACAGCGCAACGAGAAAGAGCUGAUGCACGGCUUGAACGACCGACUCGCAGGCUUCAUAGAGAAGGUGCACCGGCUAGAGAACCACAACCAUCUCCUGGAGAGGGAAAUUGAAGACAUCAGGGGGAGAGUGAAGCCCGCGUCUUGCUUGGAGGAAGAGUAUGGUCCAGAGCUGAGGAGGCUGAGGCAGCUGCUGCAGGACAUCACCCACCAGAAGAACCAGAUUGAGAUCGAACAUCACAACCUGGAGGAAGAGCUCUCCACCUUGAGGAAACGGCAUGAGCGGGAGACGGAGAGCAGAUCAGAGGCUGCGAACAGCAUAGUGACCCUGAAGAAAGACAUGGGCGAAGCGUACCAGGCCAAACUGCUGCUGGACCGGAAAGUGGAGUCGCUCGUGGAUGAAAUCAACUUUCUGAAGAGAAACCACGAGGCCGAAGUGUCGGAGAUGUGCGACCACAUUCAAGAAGCUCAGCUUAAAUUUAAGGCGCACGAAUUUGGCCAUACCGGCGUCACUGCGGCACUCCGGGACAUCAGGACGCAGCUGGAAGGUCACGCCGGGUCCGACGUCCAGCUGGCCGGGGAAAGUUUCCGAGUUCAGUUUGCGAGACUGACGGAGGCCGCCGAGGUCAAGAGAGAGGCGCUGAAAGCGAGCCAGCGGGAGAUCCAGGAGUACAAGAAGCGUCUGCAGACCAAGAGCGUCGAGCUGGACUGCGCCAAAGGCACCAGAGAAGCUCUGGAGGCGCAGCUUCACGACGUCGAGGACCGCCACAAGCAGGAACUUAUUCACUAUCAGAACACAAUCAAAGAGCUUGAAAAUGAGCUCAUAAACUGCAAAUUCGACAUGUCCGGCAACUUGAGGGAGUACCAGGACCUGCUGAACGUGAAGAUGGCUUUGGAUGUGGAGAUAUUUUCAUACAGGAAACUCCUCUGUGGCGAGGAGGCUCGUCUGUCCUCCAUCUCCGUCUCCGACCCGCAGAUCCCCUUGCCCCAUAUCUACCAUCAAUCACCUAUUUACACCCUCCCCAGCUUCAAUCGACCAGGAGUCACGCAGAGGAGAGCAGAGCCCAAGUACAAGUUUGUGGAGGAGAUCAUAACAGAAACCACCAGGGAGAUCGAGAUGUCAGAGUUCGAGGAGACGGGAUCAGAGGAGACGGAUGUGGGGAAGGAUGAGCAGGAGUGUGGAAAAAGUGAGAAAGGGGGCAGCGAGGAAGAAGGUGAUCAUCAGGACAGUCGAGAGGAUGACGGAAACCAGAUGUCUGACAGUCAGCAGAGUCAAAUAGCCUCCGAUGAAAAGUUGGAAAGUGAGGAUGAUGGAAAGGUAGCUGAUGAUGUGGAGGAUAAUAAGAAAGAACAAAACCACAGUGAAGAAUCAGAGAAGACAGCGGCUCUCAGCGGUGAAAACAUGGACACAGAGGUAGAUGACAACAAACCGGUUGAGGACAUGAAGGAGAAAGAAACUGCAGCAGUACCUCAUAAAACAGAUAUCUCUUCAAAACAGCAUGAUUCAGAUAAAUCAGAGGGGUAUCUAGUUAAAUCUGAUGAGGAUAAACAGGGUUCAACUGGGGCAGAAAGCUUUACCGCAGCACAAAGUGUGAAGCCUGCUGAUGAAACCGUGGUUUCAAAAUAUGAGGAAGAUAACAAAACUCUACAGCACAGUGGUGUAGAGGCGCAGGAGAAAGCCAAAGAAUUGGCUGGAGAAGAAGUUGUGUUGACGAAGAUGGAGGAACGUGUAGAAAUUGCAAAAGCACCUUCAACUCCACCUGAAAAUCAGGAGAAAGAAGUGAGCCAAAUGGAACAAAAGGAAACUACUAGGAUUGAUUCUGCAAAAGUUGAGAAAGAAAACACAAAAAGCACCAUAGAUGCUAUACGUGAAAGCAAUAAAGACCAAGAUAAUUUCCCGUCUUCCAAAUCUACAGCGAAAGCAGAGGCUGAGCAACCAGAAAGAGGUGACAAAACCCAAAUCGCUUCAGCUGCUUUGCAAAAGGAAAAAACAUCUGUGACUGCAGAAACAAAAGAGUUACAGCGGGGGCCUGCAAACAGCAGCCAGACACUGAUCUAAAAUUGAUCUAAAGAUUCAAAAGAAAAUAAACAAAAAAAAAAAAGAGCUUUUGCUUAAGUUAAGAAUGGACAAUAAAAUGUUGCAUUCAAAGAGAUGACAGCCAAAAAUAAAGAAGAGUUCAAAAAUCAAAUGUCUAAUUUUGGCACCAGUAGUUGAGCACAAAGAACAGUGCAAAGUACUGGAAUGUAUUUCCAACGUUCUUGUAUUAAAAGAACAGAAUAGGCUUUAUUUUUUGCAGCAUGACUGACCUCAAAGUUAAAACUGGAUUUCAGAUAUCGUGAAACAACAAAACAACCUAAUGUAACUAUGAAUGUAGAUGCAUUUUGGUCAUUUGUUUGACUGACAUUGACUUUGGUAUGGUGUGUGCAAA